UGUCUCGGCAGAUGAUAGACGCCUUAAGGAAGAGGAUGAGUGGAGGCUCCAGUGCUUCUCCUCUGGCCAAGAAGUCCAAGGUCGGAGAGGGGUCUUCAGAGAAGAAGCCUUCUGGAGAGAUCAUUGAUCUUUCUGAGGAGCUGACUACUGCAAAUCCUUCCACUCCCAUAUCUGCCAAGUCUAAGGAGUCUGUGCCACAAACAUCUGGGUCCGAGCUGGUCAAAAGGAUUCCUGAACAGGAGCAAGCACCAACUCCACCCAUGUCCGUGUUGCCUGAGGUCAAAAGGGGAGGGAGGUGCUGGUUCACCAUAUGAAUCGGCUGGUUCCUGAGGUCGGCAAUCAGCUGGCUGGUGCGGACCACUCAUCUCUGGAUGUGUUGGUGGGCGGAGUCUUGAAGGAGCUUACCAGGGCCGGUUUGAAGUUGGCUUAUACCUACUCCCGGGCUAAAUCUGCUACUUCCAAGAGUACGGCUCUGUCUGACACCUUGAGGGCGCAGGCGGACUUGGCCAAGAAGGAAGCAGAGGAGGCCAGGGCAAAGACUGCAGCUGUUCGCCAUGAGUUGGGUGAGGCCAACAAGAAGCUUUUUGCCGCUGAGAAGAAGGUCACCGUGCUGACAAAGGACCUCGAGGCUGCUGAUCGCUUUGAGGAAACCAUCGAGUCCUUAUCUGCUGAGGUUAAUCGUCUUCAAUAUGAGAGGACUUCUCUGCGGCAGGUCCUCCUUCAGCUGAAGGAUGAUCAGGAUGCUCAGACAGUCGAGGCGAACCGCUUGAGGGAGAAGGUUGAUGCUUUGGAGACUGUCGGCCUCGAGCUCUUCUUUGAUUUUUGGAAGGCUAAUCCCCAGGCCAACUUUGACUACUUGGGCGACGCCAAGGACAUGUACCUCGAGUACUACGCGACCCAAGUUGCCUAUGGUGGGAAAGAGGUGGCUGCUUUAACUUCCGGCCAAGCUUCUAACCAAGCUGCUGAUGCUUCUCCUGCUCAAACAACAGAUCCUCCUGCCCCAGUCGGCUCAGAAGAACCAAAUCCAGAGCCUGGGACUCUAGCCGUUUGAACAUUGAUGUUUUUAUCUCUCCUGUUUAUAUAUAUAUAUAUAUUAUAUAUCAUCGUAAGGCCUUUAAGAUAUCAUGACAGGCCAAGCGGUCUUUAAACUUGGAAUUAAUUUUCAUUUUUCGGACAACGGGCUGACCGGGCAGCUUUUAAUCCCGGGACUUUAUGCUCUUGUUAUCCUUAAUGAAUUUCAUUAUCUGUUUAUAA